AAAUCGAAUGAUUGUUGUUGUUGUUUUACUACAAUAUUCCUUUUCAACUUUUCAAUUAAACAUUAAAUUAAUAAUAUUAACAAAACUACAAUGAUUAUAUACGGUGUAUAUAUAGUUAGUAAAUCGGGUGGUCUUAUAUUCAACCUGGACAAUAAUGUGCCGCGUAUAGAACAUGAAAAAACCUUUACUUACCCUUUGGAUUUAAUGUUGGAUUACAAUCCUAAAAAGGUGACAGUUGCAUUCAAUCGCAAAGAUGGUAUUAAUGUUGGCCAUGUCUUGGUGGCUGUUAAUGGCGGCCCCGUAAACGGUGCUACUUUGGAAGAUGGUCGUGAUGUCAAAACAGUAUUAGAAUCUGCUGAAAAUUAUCCUAUAAAUUUAAAAUUUAGCCGUCCCAAAAUGACAACAAAUGAGAAAAUCUUUUUGGCCAGUAUGUUUUAUCCUCUAUUUGCCAUUGCCAGUCAAUUGAGCCCUGAACCGAAGUCUUCGGGUAUUGAAGUAUUGGAGGCGGAUACAUUUACGUUACAUUGUUUUCAAACGUUGACGGGUGUUAAGUUUAUUGUUAUCAGCGAGACGGGUUUGAAUGGCAUGGAUAUAGUUUUGCGUAAAAUCUACGAACUUUAUUCGGAUUAUGCUUUAAAAAAUCCUUUUUAUUCUUUGGAAAUGCCCAUACGCUGUGAGCUGUUUGAUAAUAAGUUGCAGGCCUUAUUAGAUUUGGUGGAAAAGACGGGUAUUAAUAAUUUAGAAAAAUUAGUGGAAUUUAUUUAAAGUUUAUGGCUUAGAAGAUGGCAGGAGAGCUGCCGUAAUACAGAAAAGGAUAAGGCAUUAAAUAUUAAAAUAUUUACUUUGUUUUUUUAAGUUUAACUAUGAUUCCAUAAUAAAGAUCUUUUUAUUUAUUUGAAAAA